AUGCAUGAGCAGCAGGCUGACCUGGUGGCCGACCUCCGCCGUGGUCGGCUGAAGGACGAUCUCGCCAUUCCUGCCGCCGUACGUGCGCAGCUGGAGACCCAGCUGAAGCCGCUGCCUGCGCGCGCCGACGAAGUGCAGCGCGCGUUCGCAGGGGGACCGACCGGCCUUCUGCCGCGCCUCUGGCCGGAGCUGCGGUUCGUCAUGGGCGCGUUCGCCGGACUGACGAACGCAGCGUACCACCGUGAGAUGGCGCUGUAUGCUGGCAACGUGCCGGUGAUCGCACAGGUGUACGGCUGCUCAGAGCUCGGCCUCGUGGCCGCCAUCACAGACUUCCGGCAUCCCGAGCGACCUGUCUACACCCUUCUGCCUAAAGCGGCCUUCUUCGAGUUCCUGCCGGUGGUAGGCGACCGGAUCCAGGAACUGGCGGAGAUCGGUCGGCAGGAGCCGCUGUUGGCCGACCAGCUGCAGGAAGGCGGCGAGUACGAGCUCAUCGUCACCACCAGGGGUGGCCUGUGUCGCUACAGACUCGGAGACGUCGUCCGCUUUGUCGGGUACUUCAACCGCACACCACAGGUGGAAAUAUUAUAUCGCGCUGGGUUCAUACUGAACGCAAGCGACGAGAUGGUAUCGGAGAAGGUGUUCUUCGAGGCGCUGGCAGAUGCGCUUGCCCUCUGGCCAGCGGACGUGCACCUCGUGGACUAUACGGUCGCUCCCAGUCAGCUGCUGCCGCUCUCCGAGCAUCAGCUGGCUCCCCACUUCCAUCUGUUUGUAGAGCUGGACGGACCGCUGCUGUCUGACGAACAGACCAAACUGCUGCCGGCGGGCGCGUUCCGCCGCUUCCGGGACCACUUACUGGCAACCACGACCGCCAGUCCCACCCAGUUCAAGAUGCCCCGCGUGCUGAGAACCGCGGAGGCGGCCGAGUGGCUCCUCAAGUGUCACCUCUGA